AUGUUGAAUUCUAACAUGAAAUGUGCAAUUAAUUUUCUUGUAGGCUGUGGUCUUCUGGCGAAAGGUGUCGCUGCUGUUUUAGGACCACAAUCCGAACUACUCGGCAUGCAUGUACAGUCCGUCUGCGAUGGUUUGGAAGUUCCAUUCAUUGAUUCUCGCUGGGAUUAUAGACUCAGGAGGGAAAACUUGGCUGUUAAUCUUUAUCCGCAUCCUAAUGUACUGAGCAGUGCUUUUGUACGUCUUAUUCAGAUUUGGGGAUGGACUGAAUUCUUUUUGGUUUACGAAGAAGAUGAAGCAAUUGUUCGAAUGAAGGAAUUUUUAAUCGAAGGCGAGAAGCAGGAAUGGAAGAUCAAACUGUACAAGUUUAAUCAUUCCUCAUCAUUUCGAGAUACGUUCUGGAAGAUCAAACGAUCAGUGAAGUUACAAAGGAAAGAACUGAAUAUUCAUAUAGUCCUUGAUGUUUCCAGGGAGAACUUGUACACUGCUAUGAAAGCAGCUCAACAAGUUGGAUUAAUGACUGAAGAUCAAAAAUACCUCAUAACUAAUUUGGAUUUACACACUAUCGAUAUGGAGGACUUUCAGCAUACGAAAGCUAACAUUACCAGCUUGAGACUAGUACAAGAGGAGACAGCCGAAUUCCAGAUGGUACUGGAGGAAGUGAAUUACAGACUGACUCAGCGGAGGGAUGAACAACCCCUCAAAACAUUGAAGACGGAAGCAGCUUUGUUGUAUGAUAGUGUCCGGCUUUUAUCUUAUGCUCUGGAGCAAAUGAAUCUGGCAAAGAAUAUUACCAGUAUCCCACCCAUUUAUUGCAAGUCUAUGAAUAAAGGAAUAGAUGGAACAAGUCUCGUUAAUUUUAUGAAAAGCGCAAAAAUGUCUACAUCUGGAUUGACUGGCAAAAUAAAAUUUGAUGCAGAAGGUUUUCGGUCAGAAGUUUCACUGGAUGUUAUGUAUGUAACUGCAGAUGGUCUAAAAAAAAUUGGAACUGUCUUACCUGAUAACGUAGUUAAUAUCACUUCUCCAGGUUCCUCUGAAUUCCAGUAUAUGGAACUAGAGCAUUCACACUUCAAAGUAACGACAUUCUUGAGUGAUCCUUAUGCAAUGCUUCGGGAAUCAUCAAAGAAGAUGACAGGCAACGACCGUUUUGAGGGCUAUGGAAUGGAUCUAUUAAAAGCCUUGUCCGAAAAAUUGCAUUUCACGUAUGAGAUUCAUCCUGUCAAGGAUAAAAAACACGGAAAGUACGACAAAGCGACCAAGACAGCGAAUGGCAUGAUCGGAGAGAUCAUGCGAGGGGAAGCGCAUUUAGCUAUUGCUGAUUUGACCAUCACUGAAUCUCGAUUGGAGGCCGUGGACUUCACGCUGCCAUUCAUGCAGACUGGAAUCAGCAUUUUAUUCAAGAAACCAACUCAAAAAGUGACUUCAUUAUUCUCUUUCUUGUCCCCUUUCUCCGGAGAGGUAUGGCUGCUCGUGAUGGCCGCAUACACUUUCAUCAGUCUCAGUUAUUUCCUUGUAGGCAGGCUGAGUCCUUACGAGUGGUCCAACCCUCAUCCUUGUCGACAAACUGACCUAGUCGAAGAGAAUGUGUUCAGUUUAUUAAAUAGUAUGUGGUUCGCCAUCGGUUCACUUAUGCAGCAAGGCUCGGAUAUUGCACCAACGGCUAUGUCAACUAGAGCAAUAACCAGUUUUUGGUAUUUUUUCUGUUUGAUUAUGAUUUCUUCUUACACCGCCAACUUGGCUGCUUUCCUCACUGUAGAGAAAUUAGUAUCGCCAAUAGAAAAUGUCGAAGAUUUGGCUAAUCAAGAGAAAAUAAAAUACGGUUGCCUUGCUAAUGGAUCUACCUCCGGUUUUUUCAAGAAUUCCAACAUGAGCACCUAUAAAAAAAUGCACAAAUUCAUGAUGAAACACGCAAGUGAAGUAUUUGUUUCAGACAAUACUGAAGGGAUUAAUAAAGUCAAACAGGGCGACUAUGCAUACUUGAUGGAAGCUACAUCUAUUGAAUAUAAUACUGAACGUGAAUGUAAUCUUACUCAAAUCGGAGGCCUUUUGGAUUCAAAAGGUUAUGGAAUAGCUGUUAAAAAAGGUGACCACAAACUGCGGAACUGGCUUACAGGUGGGAUUCUGAGACUCCAACAAGAAGGUCAACUCCAUACCUUGAAAGAACGCUGGUGGAAACAGAAGAAGGGAGGAGGCAGUUGUUCACAAACUUCGAAAGCUUCAGGAUCUGUCAAUGAAUUAGGAUUAGGGAAUGUCGGCGGUGUUUUCGUAGUUAUGCUGCUCGGAAUAUGCUUGUCAGCCUGCGCUGGAGUGGCAGAGUUUUUCUGGUUUCAGAGAAAACUGGAAAAAGAUCCCGAGAUGUCAAUGUUCAAACUCUUGAUGCGAGAAAUUAAAUACGCUGUUACAUGUGGCAGCUCCUCGAAACCAGCGCCUAAAAUGAAAAAGCAAUUCAAAGAAGGAGGUGAAGUGUCGAAAGGUUUUCCCGGUUAUAGUUCAUUAGAAUGAGAAUUAGUGUACUUUUGAUUUCAUUAUAUACAUAAAUUUGUAUUAUAUCCCAUAUUUUUAUUCUCCACUUUUGUGAAAGAUUUGAUUGUGAAUUUGUUCACCAUUCAAUAAAAGCACAAUUGAUGUAUUGAA